GGGGUGGGGUCAGAGUACAGGGGAUGGAGCAGAUCCCUUGUCCAAGAAAACCAGUCUCUGACCAUAGGACUGCGAAUGGAGCAUAUUAAGUAUUAAUUCAUCAAAACAUUUUUAUAAGCAUAAAAUUUAAAAACCAAAAGGACAGCUGAUGUUUCCUAUUGAGUGGGAUGUUUUCCUUAGAGGUGAUCAAAUUAAUUUUUUUUUUCAAAUUUUCAUUUUAUGCUGUACCUUCCUAAAAGCAUAAUCCUGUUUUGUUUGCUUGACUUCCUCUCACAGUGGAAAUGUUUAACAGUAUUAUUUGCCAUGAAUGCUCCCUUUAAGGUCUCUUGAAGCCUGUGCUCAGCAACAGUAUUUUGUUUGAUUUACACGUUCUAGCAUUGUUGAAAACUGUUGUCAUCUGAUUUCAUUGUCCAGCAAGUAUUAAUAUAAAGAGAUAUCAUUGUUGGUUACUGCUUUUAUUUUAUGUUAUUUUUUCUAUGUACUACACACAGGAAAAAAAUAUAGCCAAAGUGUUCUUGAAGAAGAUACUGAGAUUUCUCACAAUUUUUUAAAUGACUUUAUACACAUAUAUUGGCUUCUAAUGCAAAUAGUAUAUCCUAGACUCUGUUUUAAAAUGUCAUAAGUGGCAUCUUUAACAUCAUUUUCUAACUGCAAUAGGAAAACCUUUUUAAAAUUGUCUAGUUUGAAUUUGCUGUGUUGAUGUCAUAGCUGAAUUCUGUUGUUAAGAAAUUACUUGGCAGUAGACAACAAUCAACAUAAUUAAAAAACUAUUGAACAGUUUGAAAUAACAUUAAGGAUGUGACAUUCUAAAUGUUCUCAGUUUACAAGGGAAUCUGUUGGAGGGACCUACGUUUAGUAUCAGAGAGAUCCUCUGAGUUACUAACUAGUUAUUUACUAUUUCUUGAACUAAAAGCUUGGAAUUUCAAAACAGCCUAAUGGAUAGAUGCAGUUUAUUCCCCUGGGAAGUCUCUGUGAGCAGUUUUUAAGAUGUCACGUUUCUAUAACCCCGGACCAAGCAUUGCUUAAUCAUUUGGCAAAAGUUAAUUACCUCCUGAAAAAGGAAGCAAUCAUUCAUUAGGCUGUAGAUUCCUGAGAGAUGGGAACUGUUUGAGAAAACCCUGCCGUGACUAAUUUGUGGAAGAACUGUCUUUGAUUCAGCUUUGGUUUUCAACUAUUAGCAAGCUGUUCUUAUCACUUUUAUGUAGGACUUCUGGUAAUGGCUUCACAAAAAAAAAAAAAAAAAAAAAAAAAUCCACAACAAUAAUCAUCUUUUGAGACUUACCUGCAUAUGGUGGUGUUUUCCUUCUUUCCUUCUCAGCUGACCAUCUACAAGUCCCUCUCUCUUGCCCGUUAUACAGAGAGGAUUUUAUGCUCACUUUUUUUCAGAGAGGUUGUGGAAUCUCCCCCUUGGAUAUCUUUCCAAAGCCUCUUGGACAUUGUCCUGAGCUACCUGCUCUGAGUGCCCCUACUUGAGCAGAUGGCUUCAGAGGUCUUUGCCAACCUCAGCCAUCCUGGAGUUCUGUGAUUCUGUACAUACAACUGGGAGGUAAAGACAACACUGCAAAUAAUUCAGGGCCAUUUUACCUAUCUAUGUUCUCAAGGCCUUCUGUUUUUUCUCCAGGAGGAAAAGUUUCUUCAAUUUGUUGAGGAAGCCCCUGAGAAAGAAUGGGACCCCUAUGAAAGCAGGGUUCUGGAGUUAUGUAUUGUAGAUAAUUUGCCAACACAAGGCACAGGCAAGUGUUGGCAGCUGUUUCAUUUAGCGUGCUGGCACACCAGCAUGUUGAUACCUGUCUGAAAGCCAUUUGCAGACGGAAGGAGCUUGUUCUACAUGUUACACUCUGUGGGAGCUCAUCAAACCCGGGCUUCCCCUCGUGCCAUGAAGCUUUUAUGUCCUGCUUUUCAAACACAAGAGUAACUGAAAUAUCUGUAUGUAACAUUUUUGAUGCCAUAAAGUUUAUUAUUUCAACAAGGUUAGUCUUUACAUAUUGGAUUUACUCCUUCUAUUCUUAGGAAGCCAUUCUGAAUCCCUGUCUCCUAAAGGAUUUACUGUAAAGUUCUGUUGCCUAUUAUAACAAUUUUCUAACUGAAAUUGGCCACUCAUUGUAAGAAUUCAGCUUGUUAUACCUGUGAUGUUUGUCCCUAGUACGCAAGACCUCACAAAUAUUAACUUGUAGUGGCUUUAUCUUGGAUUAUAUAUACCCUUGAAAUGUGACCUACAGGGAUGUCCAAGUGACAAUGAACCAGUCAUGCUUGACCAGUGAGUCUUCUUAACUUAAGCUUUUCUGUGCACCAGUUCAAAGGCAGAAGCAGUGAUGCUGGUCCCAAGAUGGAGAGCUGGUAGGAUGAACAGAACGUGACACACAAGCAUGAAGUGAUGUGGCAGUAUGAAAGGGCAGAAAAUAAGACUGUGGGUCAGGGUUGGUAGGAAUAAAAUGAUGAGCUAUAAAUAAGGGAAAGUAUUAGACCAUGGCAGUAGACCACUACAUCUCCUCAAAAUGCUUUUGUCCUUGUCUGAAUUUAUAACAGCAGUAAAUUUCUUUAUACCUAUAACAGCAGAUUCCUCUCCUUUUGCCAUUAUACAGGAAGAUGUGACAGAAGAUAGCGUCCUAGUUUUUCCAGUUUUCUUUGGAAGACUUUGAUGAAAACUGAUGAGACCUAAUUAAAACUUUAUUUAAGGAAGACAUAGCCUUGAAUAAAGAAAUAAAUAAUAAAUUCCAUAUUGUGACCACGCUAAAUAAGAGCAGUGCGCUAUCAGAGCUAUCAGGAGUACUGAGACAAAAACUACAAGUUUUUGUCCUCAGGAAGCUACUUUCAUGCAGAAUUUCAGCUAAUAUAAAUUGGGAGUGCAGUAAAUUUACACCUAAUUAAUUAUGGAAAUGGAAUUUCUUAUCCUUUGAUUCUCAAGACUGUACCCAUUUGUGGACAGAAUUCAGUGUCUGGUUAAAAGUUUUGCUGAUGUGGCAUUUCUUAAUGAACAGAAGUUUGAACUGUUUCUUCAUCUAAUGUAUUUUUUUUUCACAGUGUUUUUAUCCACAGUCACUUAUUUAUGAAAUAAAUAUUUCUCUACAGCUUCGGUUACACAUUUUCAGGGAUCUGAAAUAAUCUUUUGCUAACACAAGAGGAAAGAAGAAAAUAUGCAAGACAUUGUUACGAAAAAAAAUGUUUAACUAAACAUAAAAAUAAUAUUAAACUAAACAUCAAAGUUCAGGUUUUAUAUCAUGCACGCAAGUUGCGUGCACUAGUGACCGCCUGUCAAUUGCAUUAUGUGUGCUGCUUUACAGGAAAAUAACUUGAUCUCAUUUGUCAGUGAGAUUUCGUUUCAGGGAAGCAGAUAGCCACUGGUUUGAUCAUCUACUUGCAUAGCUCCAUGCUCGUAUCAUCUAAGGAACAGCUGCAUUUUAAAUUCUUACUCCCUUUGGGCUGUACGAACAUUUGUGCAUUUUGGCUCAGUCUCAGAGCUCUGAAUGAUCCAGGAAAGAAAAAAGGAAAAUAUAAAAAAAAGCCUAGAUCUGGCACGAAAAGUACAAGUUGAUUUAAAACCAAUUCUGCUACCAGAAUAGUUGAUUUUGGGAGUUAAAUGCUGAAAUUCUGUGCACUGCUCUCCCAGUGGGCUAUUCAGGCAUUUGCAGUCACAGGAAGGGGUUUCUGCCAACUUCUCAUGUAGCCAUGGGGAACAGACACACAGCCAGGAGCUUCUGCAGGUAUUAACUUCUUUUUUUUUUUGCCUUGUACAUGAAGGGGAAAUUUUCAUUUCUUUUCCUCUUGCUUUUCACACCAUCAGAAAAUGUGUGUCAGUGGUAAGAAACUGAGAGUGCUUCUUAGGAAUUUUGAGGGAGAUCCUUGACUGAUGGAUUGGAUACUGAAAAUUCCUCCCAUUGACCAAGAUGAUAUUUUUCAUUCUUCAAGGGACAAAGUGAAAAGUAAAAGGAGUCACCCAUGUGUGGAGAGAAGGUCAGCAUAAGUUCCUGCUGUACUUGGAUCUUGCCCUGCAAGUGCUGGUGUUGGACUCCCUUGUAUGAAAAUGUUUUAGGAACAGGGUGUUCAAAACACAAUCCCUAUGCAUGUAAUACUAUUUGAAGAUGACAACGUCCUGGCAAAUAAGCUGCAAGAAAAAAUCCAGAUCUAAGAAUGGAAAUGCUGAAAUGGAUGAUACAGCAGACACAAGCGAAAAACUGCGGAUGAAAAAAGAAAUUACGUUACUAAAUGGAGUUUCUUUAAUUGUAGGAAAUAUGAUUGGCUCUGGGAUCUUUGUAUCUCCCAGAGGUGUUUUAAUGUACAGCGCUUCCUACGGACUCUCUCUCAUCAUCUGGGCUCUUGGUGGAAUGUUUUCACUGUUUGGAGCUUUAUGUUAUGCUGAGUUGGGAGCAUCCAUUGUCAAAUCUGGAGCUAGUUAUGCCUACAUCCUGGAAGCGUUUGGUGCCUUUGUGGCCUUCAUUAGACUGUGGUCUUCUUUGCUAAUUAUUGAACCAACAACUCAGGCAGUGAUAGCAAUCACAUUUGGUAACUAUAUUGUUCAGCCGAUUUUUCCUCAUUGUGAGCCACCAUACGAUGCAGUGAGAUUGAUUGCGGCUGCUUGCAUUUGUUCCUUAACAUUUAUUAAUUGUGUUAAUGUGAAGUGGGGAACUCGUGUACAAGAUAUUUUCACAUAUGCAAAACUUGUGGCCCUUGUCGUGGUGAUAUCUGUUGGCCUUUACAAAAUUGGUAAAGGAGAAACAGAAAACCUCAGAGCUCCCUUUGAGGGCUCAGCAACAGACCCAGGAAUGAUUGCGCUGGCUCUGUACUCAGCCCUCUUCUCCUACGCAGGGUGGGACACCCUGAAUUACGUCACCGAGGAGAUGCAGAACCCCGAGAGGAAUUUACCUCUUUCUAUUGCAAUUUCCAUGCCUAUUGUGACUAUCAUUUACUUGCUGACUAAUAUAGCUUACUACGUAGUGCUGGACAUGUCAACACUCCUCACAAGCGAUGCAGUGGCUGUGGCAUUUGGCAUUGAAACGCUUGGUUAUGCUAAGUGGAUAAUUCCUAUUGCUGUGGCCAUGUCUUGCUAUAGUGGGUUGAACUCAUCAAUAAUUGCAGCAUCUAGGCUUUUCUAUGUUGGAGCCAGAGAAGGACAUCUCCCUGACAGUCUGAGUUUGAUUCAUGUAAAGUGUUUCACACCAGUCCCUGCUCUUCUCUUUAAUGGUUUAAUGACUUUGCUUUAUCUCCUUGUGGAAGAUGUGUUCCUCCUCAUUAACUACUACUGCUUCAACUACUGGCUUUUUGUGGGCUUGUCUAUUGCAGGACUAAUAUAUUUGAGAUAUACUCAGCCACGCAGACCACGGCCUAUUAAACUUAAUCUUUUCAUCCCUAUCAUAUACUGUUUAUGUUCCCUUUUCCUGGUCAUAGUUCCUCUCUACAGUGACACGAUCAAUUCCCUUAUUGGCAUUGGUAUUGCCCUCUCAGGCAUUCCUGCAUAUUAUUUAGGAGUCCAUCUGCCCUUUGAAAAAAGACCUAAAUGGCUACAGUGGCUCUCUGUUACAACAACCAAAUUCGUUCAGCUGCUCUUCUACUGUGCUCUGUCAGAACUGGACAUGGAACCUACAAAAGCUGAAAGCAAGUAGGGUUGCCUUGACAUUGGGAAUUGCACUUGACACAUCCUGUCUGGAACGGUUUUUAUACUGUGAAGUUCUCUCCAUAUCCUCAGAUAUGCUAAAGCAUCAGCCACUGUACUUUGCACCAAUUUGAUGUCUGUUAAAUUCUGCUUGUUUUAUAAACCACUUGCCAGCCUCUGUUUUGCAGGAUUUUUUUCAACCCUUUGUUAGCAGUUAUUGAACAGCACCUUGAAACUAUAAAGCACGGUACAAACAAACACUUAUCAGUAGGUGAUUAUUGGGUUCAUUGUAAAAGCUUAAUAAAAAAAAAUUAAGUUCCAUCAGAAUCCUAAGAAAUAAAUUGAUCAAUGUAACAAAAGUUGGAUCAGAUCUAAAAAUAUUCCUAAAUUCUUAGCCAAAGAAAAAAUGUAUAGUCCGUACUGGAUAGGAUACAGUUGGCAAUUGGUUUUGGUCAGUUUUAUUUUGUGAGAAAUUCAAAAGCAUGGCCCAAUGAAUCAUACUAAUUUUUUUGCACAGUAGAACUUAUUUAAGGAUUUUUUAAGGCAAAAUUAAAAAAUCUUGAUUAAAAAUCCUGUGAGCCACUGCCCAACCCUGCAGGCUGGUCUUUCACAGAAUGGAGACCUUUGGAAGUCACCUUGUCCAAACCCUGCAGGGUCACCUAGAGCAGGUUGCCCAGGACUGGCCUUGCCAGUUCUGCUGGCACAGCAACCUGCAGCCCUGCUCUUCAGCACACAAAAAACCUCCUGCACUGGCUGCCAGGCCUUCACAUCUUGCAGGUGCCCACUGCAACACUGGACAAGUGCACCCACCAGUGAUAAAAUAAGUGGGCAGUGAAGAACAUUACAUUUUCAGUGUGGCACACAGGAAUGCGUAACCAGUCCUAAUUCUUAGCUGCUUCAAGUGGAAAAGACAAUAACUAUCAUAGGAAAGGAAAAAAAAAAUCAAUUUUAACAACUAGACUAUGAAAACAAGGGUUCCAUUUCUAGUCUGCUUCAUAGAUAUGUAGCACUUUUUGUUAUCCUUUGUGUCAAUUCAUACUUCCUUUCUGUAAUUAUAUUUGAAUGUAGCAUUUUUUUUUUAAUUCAAAUUCCACUCAAGUAACCCCAAGUAAGUUAUUUUUUUUAAUCUUAUAUAAGUCCCUGUGGCUUCUACUGUUAUUGUCUUUUAUUUGUGUCUAUCCAGACAAAAAGAAAUGGAAUAGGGAAGAAGGCAACUGUCGCCACUGCAACCUUCCUUCAUUCCCUCCCUACAGUGUAAGGUCAUUUGCGAGAUGGUAACCCCAUGCACCUCUAGCCUAAUGCUUGCUGGUAGUUCUUCUGUGAAGUUUUCUGUUCACAUUCCAGUGCCAUCCAUUGCAGCACUUGUGGGAUUUUCUUUUGAUGUAAAGUGUAAGUGAUAAAAAUGCACUAAACUAAGGUAGAGUACUUAGAUAUUUAGUACUUAAGGUACUAAGAUACUAAAAAUGUAUAUUUUGCUUUUUAGAAGCUGCACUUUAAUGCAUUAAAAUCACUGAAAUAUCACAAUCACGAAACAUUAAGAGAAAAGGAGAUCAAGGGUGUAAUUUAGCUUGCCCUGAUCCAGCUACUCUCAUGCAUUCUUCAUGUACCCAAGUGCCUAUGUUACAAUAUAGAAUGACGUUCAUUCUGCUCUGUGACUUCACAGAAAUACUUCAUUGUCAUCCCAUGUUUUGAAGGCACCAGUUAACAAUGAAGGUGAGAUCCGACAGGGCACACAGAGAAUAUAAAGCCUACAAGACAGUGAUAAAUUAAACCUAGCAGUCUUUGUCUCCAGAGUUCAAAGGCAUGCUUGGUGAUGAGCUUCAUGUCACAUCAAGAAAGCACUGCACCAUGCUAUAAAGUCCAUUACAGGACCAAAUGUGCUACAUGGUUUGACACAACUGAAAAGGUAUCUCGUGGUAACAGAUAGUGCGCACCAAAGGUAGCGUAAGAAAGGCUAUGAACAUUUCCAUGAAAUUCUGAGCUGAUAAACUUUGUGGGUUUUUUUGCCAAAAUCUGUUCUUGUAUGAAUCUGUUAGCUCUCUGGGCACCACACACAAGCUUCCAUUUUCUUUCUUUCUGGACAGGAGACAAGUGGAAGUGUAUUAGUAGUCAGAUGCAACACUAUAAAUAUGAAUACUGUUAUUGAAAUAGAUGUUGGAAUCUCAGAAAUGUUUGUGUAUUUGUUGAUUUUUAAUUCCUUACAAAUAAUAUGUGUAAGUUGUUUUCAAAUAUCUAAAGCCAAGUCAUAGAUGCUGAAAUAUUUAAAUAAAUCACAUUUGAUCCUUG